UAUCAUGAGAGGGAAAGAGAGAUCUCAAACUCAAAAACAAAAGUCAAAUCAAAUCUGAAUCGGAUUUGUUUCUCAGGAAGAAAACUGUGUAAUAGGAAAUUAACACAGGAUUUCUUCAUUUUUUUAUUUCUCUCCCUGCUUUCUUUGUUUGCGUAAGUUUGUUUCGGCUGAAUGGAGGGUGAGAAGAAAUACAUUUCGGCCGAAGAGCUUGAAGAGCACAGAAAACCUCACGACUUGUGGAUCUCUAUCCAGGGCAAGGUGUACGAUGUUACACAUUGGGCUAAGGAACAUCCAGGUGGCGAUACACCGCUUCUGAAUUUGGCUGGGCAAGAUGUUACCGAUGCCUUUAUAGCGUACCAUCCCGGUACUGCUUGGAAAUAUCUUGACAGAUUCUUCACUGGGUAUCAUCUCAAAGAUCUUAAGGUAUCUGAGGUGUCCAAAGAUUACAGAAGACUUGCUGCCGAAUUUGCUAAACAGGGUAUGUUUGAGAAGAAAAAUCAUGUGGCAUUGUAUGCCUUUACAUCUGUUGCCAUUAUGUUUGCUAUUGUUCUUUAUGGCGUUUUGUGUUGUGAAAGUGUCUUGGCUCAUCUGGGUUCUGGUAUGUUGUUGGGAUUUCUUUGGAUUCAGAGUGCUUAUGUUGGACAUGAUUCUGGGCACUACCAGGUUAUGACAACUCCGGUUUAUAACAAAAUCGCUCAACUUAUUUCUGGAAAUUGUUUAACUGGGAUUAGUAUUGCUUGGUGGAAGUGGACUCACAACGCUCACCAUAUUGCCUGCAACAGUCUUGAUUAUGACCCUGAUCUUCAACAUAUACCAGUUUUUGCUGUAUCUCCACGUUUGUUUAAUUCAAUCACAUCUUGCUUUUAUGGCCGAAAAUUGAUGUUUGAUCCCAUUGCUAGGUUUCUUGUUAGUUACCAGCAUUGGACUUUUUACCCGGUGACGUGUGUUGCAAGAGUUAAUUUGUAUUUGCAAACAUUUUUAUUAUUGUUGUCAAAGCGUCAUAUCCCUGACAGAGGCUUGAACAUACUGGGAACUCUUGUAUUUUGGACUUGGUUCCCUCUCCUUGUUUCAUGUCUACCAAAUUGGUCAGAGAGGGUGAUGUUUGUUUUUACCAGUUUUGGUGUUACAUCCAUCCAACAUGUUCAAUUCUGUUUGAAUCAUUUUGCUGCGAAUGUGUAUCUUGGACAUCCUAAUGGCAAUGAUUGGUUUGAGAAGCAAACAAGUGGGACAUUGGAUAUUGCUUGCUCGCCUUGGAUGGAUUGGUUGUAUGGGGGUUUGCAGUUUCAGCUUGAACAUCAUUUGUUUCCAAGGUUGCCAAGGUGCCAACUGAGGAAGGUUUCACCAGUGGUGAAGGAUCUUUGCAAGAAGCACAAUUUGCCUUACAGGAGUUUGUCCUUCUGGGAGGCUAAUGUAUGGACCAUUAGGACUCUCAGGACCGCUGCACUCCAGGCUCGAGACCUCUCCAAUCCUGUCCACAAGAAUUUGCUUUGGGAAGCCGUUAAUACUCAUGGCUGAGUUGUUUUAUGAUGGCUGGUCAUUAAUUUACGUUUUUUAUUUUACUGGUCCUUUGAUUUUGGCUUCUUCAUCGGUGACCUAUUUAGGAAGAUAAAUUGGAAUUUCUUUCAAGCUUUUGAUUUAUAGAUGGAUAUUCUGUUUCAUAUCAAUUGGGUAUUUUCCUUUA